GAAUGAGAAAAUUAGAGCGGAGCUGACUGGUUCUCCAGCAUAGACGUUUGUGCUCUUGCCACAGGCCUGUCAGAUUUUAAUAGGUCUGGCGCUGGAUAUCUGACAAACAGUGCUGACUUUGUUAAAUCUGCAACACUUGUGAUCUUUAACCAGGUUUUUUUAUGCGUUUGAAAGAGAACUGUUUCUUUUUUUUGUUUUUUUUUGUACUGUGUUAGUAGAGUUAAUAAGUAGCCCUUAACUAAACAGUGUCUGCAUUCAUUGUUGUUUUAGAAGUGGAGCUUCAGUUGCAGACUGCAGUCCAUUCUCAUAGUUACCCCCAGAGGUGUCUCCCCUUAUUUCCAACAACAUGCUGCAUCUGUUGGUCGCUUUACUCUACACGGGUUUUCUCUUGACAUCUACUAGUCAAGGACUAAGCGAAGACCCUGAACCUGAUGAUGAGUUUACUGAAGAAGACAAGAUAAUAUCCUGUCCAAUGACCAUCUCCAUUUUUGGCGGAGGCACUGUCUCCUACUCAGAAGAAGGCAAAGUUGGAAGCAUUCUGACCUACCACUGCCCACCAGGACACUAUCCUUAUCCAACCAUAUCCAGAUUCUGUCAAGCCAUUGGCCAGUGGAGUGCAAUGACAUCACCAGUGGGUCAAAGAGUCAAAAAUGCUUCAUGCAGAAAAAUCACAUGUCCACCUCAGCUUGAGUUUGAGAAUGGAGAUUUUCAGCCUCACAAAGGCAGUUUUCAAGAAGGAGAGACUCUACAUUUUAUGUGUCACUCUGGAUAUACACUACGAGGGUCACCAGUGAGGAACUGCACUGCUGACGGCAAAUGGACUGGUACUACACCGAUCUGUGAUGAUGGCACAAGUGAUUGUCCAAACCCUGGAAUCCCCACUGGCGCAACAAAGACAGGUUCUCACUACCGAAUUAACGACAAGGUGCAGUACCGCUGUCAGACAGGUCUCCUUUUGUUUGGUUCCAGUGAGAGGCUGUGCCUAGAGUCACUAGAAUGGAGUGGAUCUCAGCCUUACUGUUACUCACAGUUCACAUUUCACUCCCCAGAAGAUGUCAUAUCUUCUUUUGGGGCGUCCCUUUCAGCUGUGAUGGAGGUUUCUUCAGAUGAUAAGAAGCCACAAAAGAAACAAUUUGGGCGGACUAUUAAGAUUGAGAAAGAUGGUAAACUGAAUAUCUAUAUCAUGCUGGACACUUCUGGGAGCAUCACACGCAAAGACUUUGAAGAAGCUAAGUCAACAGUAAUACAACUAAUUGAAAAGCUUGAAAGUUAUGAUGUUGUCCUAAAUUAUGAAGUAAUAUCAUAUGCCUCUAAGGCGAUUGAAAUUGUAUCUCUGCAAUAUCCUGAGCAAAGCAGUGAUGUUGAAUCUGUACUGUACCUGCUGACUAAUUUCAAACAUACAGACCAUAAUGAGACCGGAACCAACCUCUAUGCAGCUUUAGACAAAGCUUACAACAUGAUGGUACUCCAAAGGGCACAACAAGCAGAUCAGUUUCAGAAGACGCGUCAUGUCUUCAUCAUUUUAACAGAUGGCAAGUCAAAUACUGGAGGAAACCCUGUUCUUGUGCUGAAGAAAAUCGAGUACUUGCUGGGAAUCCAUUCAGAGCCAAGCCGACAGGAUUAUUUGGAUGUUUACGUAUUUGGCAUUGGACCAGGUGCAGACAGGCCUCAGCUUCAGUCUAUUGCUUCCAGCAAGGAUAAAGAACAACACGUGUUUUUGCUGAAGGACAUCAAGGACUUGAAGGUGGUGUUUGACCAAAUUAUCACGGAUACAAAUGCAAAUAUGUGUGGGAUCUCCCGAGAGAGGGAUAUGGACAGAGAGUCUGGAAACAGAACACACCCCUGGCACGUUGAAGUUAAAGUAACUAGUGCAUCACACAGAGACAAUUGUAAAGGAUCCAUCUUGACAAACUCUUGGAUUUUGACAGCAGCACACUGCUUUAUUGAACAUCACGUUAAUCGUCCUGAAACAGUCACAGUUAUAUAUGGUGCCAGAAGCAGCAAAGCUAAGAAUCUCCUCAUACACCCUAAGUACAACAUUGCUGGAUUGCGAAGCAAAAAUAUCACAGAUUUCUAUGACUAUGACAUUGCAUUGAUACAAUUGGAGAACAACAUCACAAUUUCUGAGGAUGCCAGGCCAAUCUGUCUUCCUUGUACAAAGGAUGCUACAAGAGCAUUAAGAAAUCCACAAGGGACAAGUUGUGAAGAGCAUGAAAAAGAGUUUUUUCAGCUUGAAGAAAUUCCAGCAUUUUUCAUUUCCAAACAAAUUAUUGACAAGAAAGAAGUGACAAAUAAGAAGAGUGUGUUCAUUAAGCAAAGACAUAAGAAACUCUCUUGUGAUACUGCAGCCAAAGAUGCACAGGGUUAUGAGAAAGUAACUGAGGUGUCUGAGGUUGUGACAGACCGAUUCUUGUGCACAGGAGGUUCACAGCAAUAUAAAGAAUCUAUCACGUGCAAAGGAGAUUCAGGUGGGUCCCUCUUCGUCCAGAAGAAGAGGCGAUUCUUUCAGUUGGGAGUCAUCAGUUGGGGCACAGUGAAUGAUUGCAAGCAGCGGGACGAACCUCCUUCUGGUGCCCGGGACUUUCAUAUCAACAUCUUCAAAGUGCUGCCGUGGCUAAAGGCACACCUUGCAAAAGACCUUGAAUUUACAGAUUUGCCAGCCCAUUCAUAAACACUAAAGUGGAAGAACUGGCUUAAAUCAAUUUUAUUUUGGAAAAUUAAAAAUGUAAACAUAGCUUUUAAUAUUUAUCUUGUCUGAAGCCAUUUCUGAAGUCCUGAUUUUGUCAUUUUUUUUAAAGAUUUCAAAAAAAGAUUAAGAAGCUUAGAUAUUUAUUGUAUCUAGAUAGAAAAUAGGCCAGAAGAGAAAACAUCAAUAAGAGCAAUUAAUAAUAAUAAUAAGAAGAAGAAAAAUCAAGAGGCUGAUCCAGAUAAGGGACCUUUACCCACAAACAAAACUUCACAAGUCACUUACCUGAUCUAUAUUAGUGAUCUGUAACAAGUGAAUCAUCAGAUAAUGAGGUGUGGUAAGUGGUGUCAAGACAGCCAUACUCAAUGUGCAGGAGAAUGAUUAUUGAAUUGUUUGGUAAAUUUAAUGUUUACACAUAAGGCACCUUGCCAAAGUAUUCAGACCCAUGGCUAAUUCUAUCAUUUUUCUGAAUAGCAAGACCUUAACUGAAAAGUGUUUCCCUGCAAUAUAUUUAUUUGAAAUGCACAGAAAUUGAAAAUUAUAUCACUGUGGUAUGGUUUUAUGUAAGAAAAAAGUCUUAGGAAGAAAAAAAAUAUAUCUCUUAUGCUUUAUUUUGUGUGAUAUGCACAGUGUAGAUCUACCACUAAUAUUCACAUAUUACACUUUUUAACACAGAUAUUAAAGGAUACGUUUGAAAUUUU